AUGACAGAAUCAAAUUCUAUAUUUAAGCAUGCUUAUAAGAAUAAUAUUAUAGAAGUUUCGGUGAGUGGUUCAUCUUCUCAAUACAUUAACGGAAGUAGACAAUUGACAAAACCUGAAUACGCCUUUGAUCAGAUUGAUAAAAAAUAUGAUUGGUGUUCCAACUGUGGUCGUACUCAAGAUGAUCAUCCAUGGGCUGUUUAUUCUAUCAAAAACAAAAACGUUAAAAUCAACGGCUAUUAUCUGAAGUCCGGAUGUUGCUAUGCCGACCAAGAAUGUUGUUGCUUUGAUGACAGAUAUUGCUGUGAGUGCUGUUUGUAUAGUUGGUCAUUACAGAUCUCAAAUGACAACAAAACAUGGAAAACAGUCCACAAAGUUGAGAAAGAUAUCGAAAUGAGUCGAUGCAAAGAAAAAACAUACAAAUUCAGUGAGACAUACAACACUAAAUAUGUUCGUCUCAUCCAAGAUGAAUCAUGUCCAGGAGAUCCUCCAUGCAUCGCAUUGAACAAAAUUGAACUUUUAGGUCAAAUAGAAAAUGAAGACGGAAUCAUUUUUGAUGACCAAGAAAACGAAGAAGAUGAUGUCAGCAUCAUCGGACAUAUAUCAAAGAAUAGAAUGAAUUAG